UGUCCUUAGAUUAUUUUCAUGGUCGAAAUCUGUGGUCAAACUGUAACGUAUUUUUAUUUUUGAAUUCUGUGAAGUGAAUCUGAUUAUUCCUUUAUUAUUUAUUUUGAUUUGAAUCUUGUGAUACCGUGUUCGUGAGACGUUAUUAUAAUUUAUAACUUAAGACGAUGGCGGAUGUAGAUGAAAUUAUAGACUACAUCAAAUCGCUAAAGAAAGGUUUUGAUAAAGAAUUAUUUCAAAGCAAGAUAGAUGAAUUGGGCUACCUUGUUGAAACAGUUGGUUUGGACUAUGGAGACUUUCACACUCUAUUUAAAGUCUGGCUAAACUUGAGUAUACCUAUUCCAAAAUGGGUGAACCUUGGUGUUUGCAUAGUGCCUCAAGAAAAAGUAAAACAAAAAACUGUAGCCUAUUCUUUACAAUGGAUUUUUGCAAAUUAUGACAGCUCAAGUAAUGCCUCAAGAACUGGUUUCCUGUUGGACUGGCUCACAGCCGCUAUGGAUACAGACUCAAUAGACAGGAAUGCUUUGGAUGUAGGAUAUGAAGUGUUUUAUACAUUGUUGACAUAUGAAGCAUUGACACCUUACGUUAUGAAGCUUUUGUACACAUUGACAAAACCAACUGAUGUAACUAGAAAAAGAGUUCUGGAAUUACUUGAUUUAGCCAAGAAGAGAGAAGGUAAAAAGAAUAUGUUUAGACAGAUUCAAGUUCUGCUUGGCCUCUUCAAAUCAUACAAACCACAGUGCGUGCCUGAGGCAGUACCCUCAAUAUCUAUACACACAGCGUUUAGAAAUAUUAAUGAAAAACUACUGGCACAGUUCAAAAACAGCCAGGGUAAAAGGAACAUUGUGAGCAAAGAGACUGCUCACCUAUUUUGGACUAAUCCGUUUAAUUCAAUAUCCAUAGGUAAGAAGGCUGAUCCUUUGAUACCCAAUUUAGAAUUUUCAAAUAUUGGGCCACAACAAUACGAUAAUUCCAAGAAGAAGAGUUAUUUAGAUUUCUCUGAUUCGGUAUCACUCCUGCAGUACAGCAGUCAUCAAGCAAUGCGACGACCGGCGCGUCUGCGGGCCUUGCUAUGCAACCCGGCGGGACUCACCUUGCUAGUUAUAGCUUCAGAUACGGAGCACGCAUUUUUAUCCUACGACCUACAUCACCUGUUAAAUAAUUGUUUUCUAGAACAGUCUCCAUACAGCUACGUCGAGAAACAGGACUUUUUGAAUCGGCUUGCUACCUACCAAUCCACUCUCUUGCAAGGUCUACCCGUUGUCACUCUCUUUUUGGCACAGUACUUACCUUUUUGGAAUGAAAAAGACUUCUUUGCUGAGAUUCUCAAACUCCUAGAAUGGGUGAACGUGCAAGGCUCAAAUCACCUUGAAGUGAUACUGGACACUAUGGCUAAAGUCUAUCAUAGAGCCAAUCCGUUGGAGCAGCGUGCUAUACUGAAUACUCUCACUACCAUGUACACCAAUAUCAUAUACGCGAGUACGCGUAAACGGCAAUAUUUCCUAAGUAUGCGUCCAUCAGAGGCCGCCUUUGCUAAUGUAUUGUCACUGGUUGCCUCUCGAAUAAGCGAUAUGAGUAACAAAGGACUGCAAGUAUCUCCUGAGAGUAUGUGCAUGAUGUACAGCGUAAUGCGCGCCGAGGCGAAACGUGCUCGGUGCGAGGCACGCGAGGGUCGAGCGGUAGGCGCCGUGCCUCGUCCGCUGACACUGGCACUGCCGUUGCUGUCCGGCUCCGCGGCAGCGCUGGACACCCUCGCCGGACUCUUGUUGCUGUACAGAAAUAUAUUCACCGCUGCGAAAAGGAGGACAAAGUCUAAAGAUCAGCAAUACCUUCGGCAGAAGCAAAUUCUGAAAUGUUUCUCUUUAGAUUUUGUCAGCUGCUUCUAUGAAAAAAUUCUCAGCGAACGCAAAGAGGGUAUCGUUUUCAGCAAACUGCAUCCACAAAUUGUUGGUAAAUUGAUCGAUUUAAUUCCCGAUGCCGACUCCAAGUUAAGUAUACGGAACCAUUUGGCGUUCGCGCCUUACACUUAUGUCAAAGUGCAGCAAAUAGAUCGAAGGGACGACGAUAAUAAGCUUUGGUUCAAGGCCAUUGAUGAGGAAUUCGAAAGUUUGAGCCACUUUAUAAAACAAUUGAUGCCGGAGCUAACAUUGUAGUAUUGACGUUGAUAGUUCCACACCGGGUAAUUUGCAUUGAUAUAAUAAAUACCGCGUAGG